AUAGGUAUUGCCGUAAUUGGCUUCUUAAUAUUUCAGUCCCAUGACUCCGAUCCAGCGACCCUGCGAAUCAAAUGUCCAUCGAGAAAUACACUAGACCUUCUCUUUUCCUCCACCAACAUAACCCUAACCCUAAUUUUAUUUCGACAUCUUAAUCAAACUUCUUAAUCCAGAGCUCUAUCUCAUCAAUCACUCUGCCCUUACUCCCGACUCAUAUCCCUCAAUCUGAAUCAUAUUGUUCAAGAAUACGGAUUGAGGUAUGUUUACAUAUGAUGGUUUGGGUUCUUUAAUUCAAUGAAAUUAUGUACUAUUUGAUCGCUGCAUUCAGUUGUUUUGUACUGAUAAUGAUAAGUAAUAGGGAAAGAAACGAUUUUUUCUUGAUUCAAGACUCACAUUUAUGAAUGUGCCUAUUGCCCUAAAAAAUGGAAGAAAAAAAUACUGACAGUUCCCCUAACCAGGAACUAGACAAGGAGAAAGAUUUCAUUUUGGAUAGUUUAUCGGAUAACAUUUCAGAAACCCAUAAUAAUGCGGAACCUGGUUUAGAGAAUCUAAACGUGGUGAAUGAGAAAUAUAACGAGGAAUUGGUAAAGGAACUCCAAGAUUGUUUGCCAAUUUGGGUCUCCCAAGAUCAAGUGCUAGACUUGCUUACAAGGUCAUCUGGGUACGUAGUUGAAGCUGUAUCUGAUUUUUACGAACGUGAAACUGAAUAUCAUGAUCAAGUUAUUGCUUUCAGAGCGAAUGCUGCAUCUGCGAAGAGUGGGACUGUUUUGUCUCAGAUAAAAGCGCCAACUAUUCUUGUGCCUAAGUUGGUUUCUGAAAAAGUAAGUUCUAAUGGAAGUGUGAAAAGCAGUUCGAGUCAAGAGAUGGUGAAGAAAAGAGUGGAUGUAGUUAAGAGUGUUGGCUCUCCAAUGAAAAGGGGUUCCCUCAGGAGCACCCUUUUUCCCAAGAGAAAGGGUUCGAUUAAAAGCACUACUUAUCCCCAGAAAAAGGAUUCCAGUAAGAGCACUAUUUCUCCCAACAAAAAAGUUUCGGCCAUUGGCCUUCAAAGCAGUCCCAAGAAGAAGAAAGGGAAGCCAAGUACAGCUAUGCAACCUACUAAUGGGUCCAAGCAAUCAACUAUUACGAAUUUCUUCACCAAACUUUAAUCCAAUGCUUCAUAAGUUUAGAUUGUUGGUGGUUCUAGUUAUGCUUAACUCCCUUACAAUGAUAAGAUGUUCCCAUUGAUGCUGUUGAAACUUGGAAGAGGCUGUACUUAUAAAUUGAUUUAGCCAGUAGAGAAGAUUGGAGAUAUGAGUUCAUCAUUGGAUCGCAUGUUAUUAACUCUGAUGGCAAAUUCAUAACCGGAGAAGGGAGGUUAGCUUUCUGCAGCUAAUCAUCCCAAUUUCAAUUUUGUGUUAACAGUGCUGUGGAUCAAGUUUGUGGGAAUCUCAAGCCCAGAAGGGAGGUUAGCUCUCUGACAGGAAUUGAACGAAAAAACAUGUCAAAGCUGUGUAUUUAUAAUGUGAAGGGAAGCACUCUUACACGGAAAGUUCGUACGAGUUUGAUGUGUUUAUCUUUUUGUACGCCUGAAAAUUUGCUACUGUGUUUCAUUCUGUCUUUCGUGUUAUAGAUUAUGUUUCUUCAA